UCAUCUGUUAACAAAAUCUUAAUAAAAAGUUUGAUUAUCAUGUAGCCUUGAAACAUUAUCGCUUACAGUUCAAUAAUUGGGUUUAGAUCAAAUAUAGCGAUGAUCAAACAUCAAAUAACUUCAAUAGUUCAUUCGAUUCGCCCAGUGAAUAAGUUUCUGAAUAUACCUCGCAGAAAUGAGGUUACAAGUAUUCGUCGUCUACUGUAUUUUACAGUCGAUUCAUGGUUUCCCGAAUAACGCCGAAGAUGUUUUAACGCGAUUUGGCCCUUCCGGUGUCCUUUACAUUGUCGGUGGAGAAGAGGCAGGAGAAGAUCAGGCUACGUUCCAGUGCUCGUUACAGAGUUAUGGAGAACAUUUCUGCGGUUGCGCCGUGAUCAAUUCAAAGUUUGUCGUAACAGCCAGUCACUGCGUUAAUUCAUCGUUGCCAGAAGAGGUCAAUGUUAUGGUUGGAAGUAAUAAUUUAAAAUGUGGUGGUAGAUACUAUCAAGUUGAACGACUUAUACCCCAUGAGCUCUACAAUACGCCAAAGGGUUCUAAUGACAUUGCUCUGGUUAAAGUAAAGGGAUCAAUCGAAUUCGGCGAAAACGUUAAGCCAAUCGAACUGGAAGAUAAAGAACUUCUAGGUGGUACUGAAGUUGGACUCACUGGAUGGGGUAGAUUGCAAGCUGAAGGUGAUACACCCCAAAAAUUACAAUAUCUCAGAUUAUUUGUUCUGCCAAUGGAUAUAUGUAAAAAAACUAGAGAAAUCGCUUCUUUCGUUCACGACAGCCAUAUUUGCACCCGUGGCUCAAUGGGAAAAGGAGCAUGCGAAUACGAUAGCGGUGGACCACUUUUUCGUGGCAAUAAACUUGUUGGGGUCGUGAACUUCGGUGUUCCAUGCGGUGUUGGGAAGCCCGACGUGUUUGCCAAAGUUUCCUAUUUUGUUGACUGGAUUAUGAAACACAUUACACAUUGUCGCUUCAAGAAAAUGAAAAACUUGUCUAACAUUCGCGAGUUAAAAGUUAAUUCGAUUGAGGACGUCCAGCUAAUAAGGUGGAAAUCGCUCGCAAGAAUGAAGCUUCAAAUACUCGUCAUCUUCUGUAUUUUACAGUCAAUUUACGGGGUUCUGAAUAACCCUAACUCGAAUACCAUCGAAAAAUUAACCUAUGCACUUCAUGACGAUUAUACUCCAAAUUACAAACCCCUAACACCUCAAGACAUUGACCGUGAGGCAACAAAUUACAUCGCCGGUGGGAAAACUGUGCCAGAAGGAUUAGCUCCAUACCAAUGUUCACUCCAAGUUUUUGAAGAACAUUACUGCGGCUGUGCUAUAAUAAAUGAAAAUUUUGUCUUAACGGCCAGUCACUGUGUUGUGGGAAAAUCUGAAAAUUGGGUCAGAAUUAUGGUUGGGUCUAAUGAAUUAAGAAGUGGUGGAACAUACUAUGAAGCUGAACGCCUAAUAUCCCAUGAGCACUAUAACAAUCCCGAAGGUGCCUAUGACAUUGCUCUUGUGAAAGUAAAAGGACCAAUUGAAUUUAGUGACAAAGUAAGGUCAAUCGAAUUGGAUGAUAGAGAAGUUCCAGAUGGUGCUGAAGUUCAACUUACUGGAUGGGGUAAUAUAGAAGCUGGCUAUAUACCGAAUAAACUGCAAUAUGUCAACUUACACAUUCUUUUAAAGGAUAUAUGUAAAAAGGCACGCUUUGGUGACUACAUUCAAGACCAUCAUGUUUGCACAAUUAGUUUACGAGGUGGCGCUUGUAGGGCUGAUAGCGGUGGUCCACUUGUUUAUGACAAAAAGCUUGUUGGAAUCGUCAACUUCGGACUUCCAUGUGGGCUUGGUAAUCCUGACGUGUACGCUAAGGUUUCCUCAUUUGCUGACUGGAUUAGAGAGCAUUCGUCAAUGAACGUCCAGAUAAUUAGGUGUAAAUCAAUCGUAAGAAUGCGGCUUCUUCUACUCGUCGUAUGCUGUAUUUUACAGUCAAUCUAUGGGUUUCUCAACAACCCUACUCACUCGAACACUGUCGUUAAAUUAACCUAUACACUUCGUGACCAAACUCCAAAUUACAAACCGCUAACACCUCGAGACAUAGACGACGAUAUACCUCCACCAGGAAUUGCCGGUGGCAGCACUGCACCAGAAGGUCUAGCUCCAUUCCAAUGUUCAUUCCAAGUUUUAGAAGAGCAUUACUGCGGCUGUGCUGUAAUCAAUGAAAACUUUGUCGUAACGGCCAGUCAUUGUGUCGUUGGAAAAUCUGAAAAUCAGGUCAGAAUUAUGGUUGGUUCAAAUGCAUUAAGAAGUGGUGGAACAUACUAUAAAGCUGAGCGCUUAAUAUCCCAUGAGCACUACAACAUCCCUAAAGGUGCAUAUGACGUUGCUCUCGUGAAAGUAAGGGGACCAAUUGAAUUCAAUGAUAAAGUGAGCCCAAUCGCACUGGAUGAUAGAGAAGUUCCCGAUGGUGCUGAAGUUCAACUUACUGGAUGGGGUAAUAUAGAAGAUGGAUAUAUACCCAAUAAACUGCAAUAUGUCAACUUAAACAUCCUUCUUAAGGAUAUAUGCAAAAAAGCACGCUUUGGAGACUACAUUCAAGACCAUCAUGUUUGCACAAUUAGUUUAACAGGUGGUGCUUGUAGGGCUGAUAGCGGUGGUCCACUUGUUUAUGACCAAAAACUCGUCGGAAUCGUAAACUUCGGACUUCCAUGUGGGCUUGGUAAUCCUGACGUGUACGCUAAGGUUUCCUCAUUUGCUGACUGGAUUAGAGAGCAUUCGUCAAUGUAACCACGAAAAUACGAUGACUGUGUUUGGCAAUUGAAAAAAAUGUAA